CGUGGCGUGAACGGCUGCGGGCCUGUGACGUCAUCAGCGGGCGCCGGGCCCGUUCCCCGCUGCGGGUGCGGUGCGGGCUCAGCUCCUGGGACAGCAGGCACGGGUGUCCGAACAGCGGCGCGUUGAGCCCGGAUGAUACGGUUUGCCCCUCGACAAGUGGCCUCCGUGUUGGAGGCUUCCUGCACUCCCAGUGAAGUAAGACUGCUUUCUCUGCUUGCAGGGAGCUGAGGCGCCUCCCGCUCCCUGUGCUAUGCUGCUGACGCUAUGGCUCCGAAAGAUAUCAUGACUAACUCACAUGCCAAGUCCAUCCUCAACGCGAUGAAUUCCCUGCGGAAGAGCAAUACUCUGUGUGACGUGACCCUGCGCGUGGAGCAGAAGGAUUUCCCAGCCCAUCGGAUUGUGUUGGCUGCUUGCAGCGAUUACUUCUGCGCGAUGUUCACCAGCGAGCUUUCAGAGAAAGAUAAACCCUAUGUGGAUAUACAAGGGUUGACAGCCUCAACUAUGGAAAUCCUACUGGACUUUGUAUAUACAGAAACAGUUCACGUGACGGUAGAAAAUGUCCAGGAAUUGCUCCCAGCAGCGUGUCUCCUUCAGCUGAAAGGUGUGAAGCAAGCUUGUUGUGAGUUUUUGGAAAGCCAGCUGGAUCCAUCAAACUGUUUGGGCAUCCGGGAUUUUGCUGAGACACACAACUGUGUUGAUCUAAUGCAGGCUGCAGAGGUCUUCAGCCAGAAACAUUUCCCAGAGGUGGUUCAGCAUGAAGAAUUUAUCCUCUUAAACCAGGAAGAGGUAGAAAAGCUCAUCAAAUGUGAUGAAAUUCAGGUGGAUUCUGAAGAACCCGUUUUUGAGGCAGUUAUAAAUUGGGUGAAGCACUCGAAAAAGGAGCGGGAAGCCUCUCUGCCAGAAUUGCUGCAGUAUGUGCGCAUGCCACUUCUCACCCCUCGCUACAUCACAGACGUCAUAGACACCGAGCCUUUUAUUCGAUGCAGUUUGCAGUGCAGAGACCUUGUAGAUGAAGCUAAGAAAUUCCACCUAAGGCCAGAGCUCCGGAGCCAGAUGCAGGGACCCAGAACCAGGGCACGUCUAGGCGCUAAUGAGGUUCUUCUUGUGAUUGGAGGUUUUGGCAGUCAGCAGUCACCUAUUGAUGUGGUGGAGAAAUAUGAUCCAAAGACUCAGGAAUGGAGUUUCUUGCCAAGCAUUACUCGUAAGAGGCGCUAUGUUGCUACUGUGUCCCUGCAUGAUCGGAUCUAUGUGAUUGGAGGGUAUGAUGGACGCUCCCGUCUCAGCUCCGUGGAAUGCUUGGAUUAUACCUCAGAUGAGGAUGGCAUCUGGUACUCAGUGGCUCCAAUGAAUGUUCGGCGAGGUUUGGCAGGGGCCACUACCCUUGGAGACAUGAUAUAUGUUUCUGGUGGUUUUGAUGGAAGCCGGCGUCACACCAGUAUGGAACGAUACGACCCAAAUAUUGAUCAGUGGAGUAUGCUGGGAGACAUGCAGACAGCUCGGGAAGGAGCAGGCCUGGUUGUUGCCAAUAAUGUUAUCUACUGCCUUGGUGGCUAUGAUGGUCUGAACAUAUUAAAUUCCGUGGAGAGGUAUGAUCCCCACACUGGGCACUGGACUAAUGUGACCCCAAUGGCUACCAAGCGCUCAGGGGCAGGAGUUGCUCUGUUGAAUGAUCAUAUUUACGUUGUUGGUGGAUUUGAUGGGACUGCACAUCUCUCCUCUGUGGAAGCCUAUAACAUUCGCACAGACUCCUGGACUACUGUGACAAGCAUGACGACACCCCGUUGCUACGUGGGUGCCACUGUGCUGAGGGGAAGGCUGUACGCAAUAGCUGGAUAUGAUGGCAACUCACUGCUGAGCAGCAUCGAGUGCUACGAUCCCAUCAUUGAUAACUGGGAAGUGGUGACAUCACUGGGAAUGCAACGUUGUGAUGCUGGUGUUUGCGUCCUUCGAGAGAAGUGACCUUGGGGGGCCCAUAUAAGAAACUCCCUGAGAACAGGCAUUCUGGGUGGUUUGCAGUGACUGUUCUUAAGAGCUGUGCAGUGACGAUAGCACUUUCUUUGCUUUUUUUACGCAAAGUGUGCAUAAACAUGUUGGCUCAGCAGCCACUGGAAGUCGAGAGCUCUGUGAGAGGCUAGAGAAAGGCACUUGGGUGGACCUAGAGAAAUUGCAUCCUCUGCCAGCCAGUCUCCCAUCCCCCGUGGCUAACAGCAGAGAUGCCUGCAUCAGCUAGUCGGAUGAAUGUUUCUGAGGACAUGUACAUAGAGCUGGCUUGACAGUCCCCUCCGAAGCUUCAGGCCACACAGGGUUGCUGGCAGCUCUGAGUUGCCAUGAUGUGCAAGGAUGGAAUCCAGACUGCUCUCCAGAUUGUCUUGGACAAACUGAAUGUUUAAAACAAAAUGUUCUGUGGCCCGUGUGAGCAAUUACAUCCCAGGGGUGUUCUGCAUUGUAGCUAUGUUUGCAGGCUAUACACAACUUGAAUACAAAGCAAGGAAGUCACAAAUUACUGCUUUCAACUACUGAGGAGGGGUUUCUGGUACUCCAAAACAAAAUUGGAGGAAGGAGCAGCAGAGUAUGCAAGUGAUGGGACUGCAAGUGAUGAGAAUUGCAUUCAGUACAUUCACAUUUUCUGCAAGAAGGUCAAUGGACAUUUCUUGGAAAUGAUAUUUUUUCUCCUCUAGCAGCAAGACUUUGGCUGUGCCUCUCUUCACAAUCCUCCUGGGUGGAUGUCAUCUUUUAGAGGAACAGAAAGUGUACUAGCGAGGCCCUUUGGUGACUAAGACUCUUAACUGGGGACUGUGACUC